AUGCCCAAGGUCCAUCUUCUUGACUAUGUGGCGGGCAACAUCCGUUCUCUUGUCAAUGCCAUCGAAAAGUGCGGGUAUGAAGUUGAAUGGAUCAGGAGUCCCGAGGACGUGAAGAACGCAGAUAAAAUCAUACUACCCGGCGUUGGCCACUUCGGACACUGUCUGACGUCGUUAUCAUCUGCCAACUAUCUUCCCGCCAUCCGCGAGCAUAUCGCCUCCGGCAAGCCUUUCUUUGGCAUCUGCGUGGGCCUCCAAGCACUCUUCGCAGGCUCUGAAGAAGCUCCAUUGGUGUCAGGGUUAGACUUGAUCUCGACAUCCCUCCGGCGCUUCAGCCCCCAAAACAAAGACGGAUCCCGAAAGUCGGUUCCGUGCAUAGGCUGGAACGACGCUUCUACGCUCCACGAACAAUCUGCAUCUGCAUCGUCAACAGAUUCCACAGCGACCGGGAAGAGCUUCUACGGGCUCAAUCCUACGAGUAAGUAUUAUUACGUACACAGCUACUUUGCGCCUUACACGCCUGGGGAGCUGGAGAAGCAAGGCUGGACAGUCGCAACAGCCACGUACGGUGACGAGACAUACGUAGGGGCAAUUGGCCGGGGAAAUGUGCUAUGUACACAAUUCCACCCCGAGAAGUCCGGCGCCGCGGGCCUCAGGGUAAUCAAGGCCUUUCUCGAAGGCAAUGUCUGGUCAGAACCCUCACCCACGGGGCUUCCAACAGGAUCAUCAUCAGCAACCAACGGUGCGCUGCCCUCAGACACAGGUGCUAAUGGCCUGACACGGCGCAUCAUCGCAUGCCUGGACGUCCGCACCAACGAUGCCGGAGAUCUAGUCGUGACCAAAGGCGACCAAUACGACGUGCGCGAGAAAGCUGCAGGGUCGCAGGUGCGCAACCUAGGCAAGCCGGUCGAGAUGGCCAAAAGAUACUACACCCAGGGUGCCGACGAGGUGACAUUCCUCAACAUCACGUCGUUUCGCGACUGCCCUGUGGCCGACCUGCCCAUGCUCGAGAUCCUGCGGCGCACCAGCGAAACCGUGUUCGUGCCGCUGACCAUCGGCGGUGGCAUCCGCGACAUGGUGGACCCGGCGACCAACAAGGCCGUGUCGGCGCUGGACGUGGCCAAGCUCUAUUUUGCCAGCGGCGCCGACAAGGUCUCCAUAGGCAGCGAUGCCGUCCUGGCCGCAGAAGAAUACUACGCCUCGGGCAAGCAGUUGUCGGGGAAGACCGGGAUCGAGACCAUCUCGGCCGCCUAUGGUGUGCAGGCCGUCGUCGUCAGCGUCGACCCGAAACGUGUCUAUGUCUCGUCUCCCUCGGAAACCUCGCACCACACUACCCGCACGUCGAACCCUGAUGCCCAGGGCCGCGAGUACGUGUGGUUCGCGUGCACCAUUAAGGGCGGCCGCGAGACACGCGAUCUCGAUGUCGUGCAGCUCGUUACGGCAGUCGAGGCCAUGGGCGCCGGCGAGAUCUUGUUGAAUGCCAUCGACCGCGAUGGGCAGAAUAGCGGGUACGAUCUCGAACUGGUCGGCUUGGUUAAGAGUGUCGUCGGCGUGCCUGUCAUUGCUAGCUCGGGGGCUGGAAACCCGGCGCAUUUCGAGGAAGUGUUUAGGAAGACGGAUGUCGAUGCUGCGUUGGGUGCAGGAAUGGUGAGUUCCAAUCAAGCCCCUAGUCCAUCUCUCGAGUUCCUUCGUUCAGCAUCACAUUGGAGAUAUGCCCUUCUUUGA